CCGUAAUUGCUAAGAAAAAUCGGUAUGGGGGGUAGGGGGGUUGUCUUUGGUGAGUUCCUCAACUUUUAUUUCAGAAUGUUUUGACCUCUUCUAUCACCCAAAAUGAUAUAAAUUGAAUCGUUAAAACAAAUGUUUGUUUUUUUGUUUGGAAUAGAGAUUUGACCAGUAGCCAAUGAAAACGCUCCAAUAUAAACAAUAUGGCGUCGUAGCAACCUCAGUAAACAGCUGAAACGAGCAGGGGUUGAACAUUUAAAAAUGGAUCAAACGAAACGACCACUGCGAGUUCCACCAGAAUUUGCAACGUAUGCAGAGAAACAUGGAAUUUUUGACAUGUAUAAGGUAUAGGGGUACUUAAAAUUAUUCUUUUUAAAUUUAGAUAGAAAAGCUUGAGCUAAUUUAUUAGACUUCAAAAAUUUGAAAAAUGUAUUUGAAUUAUUAUAUGUAUUGUAUGUUAAUGUAUACUAAUUACUAAUUAUUACUGUAAUAAUACUAAAAUGAUUGUAUAGGCAGUAUCGGGUAUGAGUAGGCAGUAAAAGUAUCACUAUAAUCAUAGUAUAAUGUAAGUCUCACAUUUAAUUAUUACUGUAACUGUAAUAAUACUAAACUGAUUGUAUUAGGCAGUAUCUGGUAUGAGUAGGCAGUAAUAGUAAUAGUAUCAGUAUAAUCAUAGUAUAAUGUAAGUGUUACAUGUAACCAUUCACGCGACGGUAGACUUACAUGUACGCUAGUUUGUAAUUGUAGUAGUUAGUGUUUUAAUAAUUACUAUUCUUGAAUCUCAGACUAGGGGCCGCCAAAGUCAUUUUGAAAGGAAAAAAUGGGAUUUCAGCUUCCUGUUGAGUGUUGACACACAUUAAAAUAAAUUUAUUGCAGUUAUAAUUUUCAAACAUGUGUUGUCCAGUGUUGUCAUGUGCAAAAAUACUUCUUUACUAAAUUCAGCUAAGAACCGUACAAGAUAUUGUACGGCCGUACAAAUAGAAAAAAUUAAAAUCUGUACAAACAAAAGUAUAGACAGAUAUAUAUAGGCUAGAAUAAGGUUGUCAUGUAGCAAUAAAUAAAGAGAAACUAGAGGAAAGUGUAGAUGCAGAUAAAGUCUAUUUUCACUUAACUAAGAUGUGUUCAGUGGUGAGCCUAAGUCUAAGGGGGUAUGAAAGGGAAAACUCUUAGGGGUUGUACUUUUGAGCUUUAUAGUUGACUUAUAAAUGAUGUUUGCAUUAUGUAUGUGCAUGUGGGGGGGGGGCACUUUUAAAAGUCAAGGUGGAUAUAUAAUUAUUACAUUUAAAUUUAUUUCCAGAGAAUGAUAGAACAGCUUGUUAUUGCGACACCAGAUGAUCCUAUCAGCUUUCUUAUUAACUUACUAAAGAAAGAAAAUGAUGAUGGUAUGUUAUAUUUAUACAAUAAUUUUAUAAGUUAAAAUAUUUGUUGGCGUGCUUCUUGUGAAGGAUAAAAUCCCUAGAAAAAUAUACAGAACAAAGAACAAAUAUAAGAAGGAAAUAAAUUACCUCUUAAAAAUAUUUUGAAUAUCAAUUACCCAAUACAAUUGUUUAUGGUUAAAUUUAAUUACAUCACAUGAAUUGGAUUAUUUCCUUUAAAUUUGAUUACUUGACCACCAGAUGUGUUGAUUUUAAAGUGACAUAUGUUUAAGCAAAAUCAAUCAUAUCCUGAAAAAGUAAUGUUUACAAAAAGCCCACGUUUUAUAAACAGAAUGUAAAACAACAUAUAAAUAUUUCAGUCCCUCAGAUUUGCGUCAUAGGACCACCAUGUGCAGGGAAACGGUCCAUAUCCAAGUUGGUCAGCAACAAACUACAUUGUAUACAUCUGACCCCAAAACAUUUGUUGGAAGAUGCUGAUCCUACUAUCAAGAAAAAGCUUCUGAAAAUAUUUACCACCAGCAGAGAAGUAAGAAGACUGAUUUCCUUUUUUUGUAAUAUGAUAACUGACUUUGACUUUGAAGUUAAACCAAAGUCAUAUUGGGUGCUUGGAAUUGAAAUUUAAACAUUAUUUUUAUUUCAAUUUUAAUGAUUAAUAAACUGGUAAUACUGUUUUGUUUAUGAUUGUUUUAGCAAGGAAUCUUGACCUUAUGGGAGCAAUUGCCACACAUCCCCCCAUCUUUACUUGUCAAGAUCCUGACAGAAAGAAUCCAGCUUCCUGACUGCAUGAAGAAAGGAUGGAUUCUAGAGGGUUUCCCUCGUACGAGAGAACAAGCACUAGCCAUGCAGGAGAGUGGCAUCUUCCCUAAGCACUGCAGUAAUGUGUUUUUCACCUUCAAAACAAAAUAACAAUGAAAGCGUAUUAUGCAUUACCUGGACAUAUGUAGGAUGGAGCAAGAGAGGCACAUGUUUGACAUAAUUUAAUAGGAUCGAUUCACUUUUUGUUCCAUUCUCCGCCACUCAUCCUCCUACACUCUCUUGCAAUAGUUUCCCCUAGUCAUUUGUACCAUUAGCAAAUGAUAUGCUUACAAGACAAAUAAUUAUGUUACAAUAAAAGUAGAACUAAUACCUAGUCUUGCUUAUUAAAAAAUGAAUAUUUUAUCAAGAAUGCAAAAAUGCUUGGUUUGUCUUAUGCUAAAUAAUCUUUUGUUGUAAUUGGCUAUAGACAUAUAUUUAAAGACAAUUUUAUAUUAAUUGUUGAAUAUAGUUCUAAUUGUAACAAGUGAAAUAAAGUGUGUUUUGUUUAAUUAUUCACAGAAAACAUGAGAAGAGUAUUCAGCUUUGAAUCUUCUUUUUUCAAAUAUAUUUCAGUUGUUUUGGAAGCCCCAGAUACAGUCCUUGUUGAGAGAGCUGCUGGAAAAAGAAUAGACAAGAAAACAGGAGGUAAAACAAUUCACCACAGGAAAUUUAACUAUACAUUUCGUCCCCCUAAAAAUAACAAUGUUCUAAGUCGAUUUUUUGAAGAAAAAAAGAGUUAUUGCCUUUGUGCAAAAGUAAAUCAACCCCUCUAUCAUGGUACAAAAAAUGGAACCUUUAUAAUGAGCCAAUUUUGCAGGAAAUACAAAAUAACAAGGUUCUAACUCGAGGUUGGCCUUUCAUUUGAGAAUAACAAAGUUCUAAUGUAUAUUUUUAGUUUUAACAAGAUACUAUUUAGGGUGAACCAAUAAAAAUUCAGCUUGUAAAAUGAGUUUGGUAUCUUUAGCAAAUCAUAAGGCUUGUUAUGUGCCAUAUCUUCAAUGGUCACGAAUUGUUUACAUUCAAAAUGCCGGACGCCUCACUAGAAAAUAGUUGUUCAAGCUCUUCGUCAAGCGAAUAUGAUGAUAGAAGUGACUACUAUUAUCCAUUACCAUGUGAAGUGUUUUCACCUCUAAGUCUAAUAAGAGUCCUUAAAACUGAAAACAGGAGAAAACCUUAUACAAUCAUACAGAUGAAGCAAUGAGGCCAAAUGACGUCAAAGAUUUUAAAACAUGUACUGAACUGAUAAGUUUCUUUCAAUCCAAGAGUUUAAAAUAUUCUAAAGUAUGUGUUAUCAAAUUUACAAAUGAGCCAUUGGCUGGUUGUAGAUUUAGCCAUAAGGACACAGCAUUUGAGAGCAUCAAUAUAAGAAAAACUAAAAGCAACAGAAGUUGAGUACCAAUUAAAUCAAUCCAAGUAUGUUUGCCUCAACCAAAGAUAGCAAUGUCAUCUAACAAACUGCCUGAAGCUAACAAAACAGAUUUUAGAGACAUGCUUAAGUUCAUGCCUGAUUUAGACAGGCAAUACUAUAGCAUAAAAACACUAUAACAUCAUUAUGUAACUUGUUGUAGUAAGGUAGCUGUUUUUUAAUGGUAAUAAUGCAGAAACUUCAAGGUUGUGUGUAAACCAUGUUAUUCUUAUUGUCUAAUGAAUGUUCAUGUUUGUAAUAAUAAAUUAAUACAAAGAAACUAUAUACAAAGAAAUAUUUUCCGUCUUUAUUUUCAAUAUAUUUGUUAAAUGAUUUUGUCUUGUUAGUAUAAUUUAUGAUUUAAAUAAUGAAUAUGUAUUUAUUCUUGAAAGGAACUGCUUAAAUUAUAGUGUUAAAUAAAUAGAACCUUGUUAUUCUAAAGUGAAAUAGCAUGUUCAGAAUUACAAAGUUCUAUCGAAAAUUUCAAAAAUUCAUAUAAAAUCAAAAUCAAUACCUAGAACCUUCAUUUUAAUGUUCAAACCUUUUUUGAUAAUAUAAACAUAAAUCAACAACAACAUCUAUAAAAACGUUUUAAGUUUAUCCAUACCAAACAUCAAAUUUUCAAACGUGAAUAGCUCAGUUUGACCAAAAGGUCACAUAGAACAUUGUUAUUCUAGGGGGACGAUUUGUGCUCAUUUGUGUGAGAUUCAUAUCUGAUGUCCUGAAACUUUCUGAAUAUCCUCUGUAAGUUUUCAAUGACCUCAGCCAACCUGCUGACUAUCAGAUUGCUGUAAUUCUCUGCUAUGGUCUGGUGGUCCUGUCUGUGUCUUAGAGUUAUGACGAACAAGCUCUUCCAGCAUUUAGGUUGAUGUGGUGGCACACUGUUUUGCUUUUAGGUGGUUAACAUGGUGGGCCACUGCUCUUUGGUUUUGUUUCUGUUUAAUGCUAUUUAUUUUUAAAAUUAACAAAAAUAAUUUCUCACACAAGCAGUUUAAUUUUUUUUAUUUAAACCUAAACAUUUUAAAACAUCCUUAGCACAUUAGUAGUUUUGGAAAGUUGAGUUUUGUGUGUAAUAAUGUUGCAAAGAUAUACACUUUAUUUAUAUUCCUAUUCUGUUUCAACCUGUGGUAGACUCAAUGUUGAUACAAUGUAUUAUCAAUUGCUAUUUCCAGAUGUGUACCACACAACAUUUGAUUGGCCUGGUAACCCUGAGGUUCAGUACAGACUCAAGGAGCCAAAGGGAUAUAAAGAGGAAGACAUGGUCAAUAAACUAGUUGUCUAUCAUAGACACAUUGAUGGAAUUCUUCGUUGUUAUGAGCAAGUUGUAAAAAAGGUCAAUGCUGACCAGCCUAAAGCUGAUGUCUACUCACAAGGUUUUUUUCUAUCUAGUUUAUUUUCAUUCAUUAAAAAUGUAUUACUGAAAUACAUAAUUAUUUUAACUUCAUUAAUUGUUUUAACCAACUUUUAAAUUAUUUGCUAUUCAUGAUCAAAAAGUAAAAAAAAAACACAGCUAAAACAAAUCAUUGAGCGUAAAGUCAAUGAUAAGUCUUAGUCAAAUUUUGACAUCAUUAAGCUUUCAAGACAAAGCUCAAGAGCUUGUGAACCGACCCACUGACUAUGUCUGUGUGUGGAUCGAACUUGGCUGAGACAUUAAAUAAUUUUGUAGCUGUUGGUUGGUAGGGUAUUGCCUUAAUUUCAAUCAUCACAUAAAAUUAGCAACCAAAAAAGUCCAAUUAUAAUAGUACAUCCUCAUUUGCAGUAUUGGAAGUAAAUAUUUAAAAAUGAUGUUAUAUUAAUUUUAGUAUAAAAAAACAAGGCUGCAUUUUGGUCUUGGAUAUGUCAAAUUUAUGCAUUUUUUUAUUAAUGAUAUCUGUUAAGAAAACUUCAAUUUGUUUCAAGUUUCAAUCUUUAUUAGGCCUCCUCAAAUUUUUAAAUAUUUUUUCAAAUUUUCAGCCCUCUCAUUCUUAUGUAGUCAGCCAAGAUCAAGUGCUCCACAUACUCCAAGAGUGAUUUUGAUUGGUUCAUUAGGAAGUGGAAGAGGAGUGCAAGCGGCCCUAUUGGCUAAUAAGUAUAAUCUUGUUAAAGGUGAGUAGCUUUCUUAGUUUUAUUUACUAACCAAACUAAUUGAUUAACAAUUUAUUUCAUUACAAAUAAUAGUUUACUGCAAUGUAGCAUUUUUAUAAAUUAUAUAUAUAUAUUAUUUGUAUUUAUACACACACACACACCCCACCCAACUCACCAUUAAAGGGGUCAUGAUCCUAAAAGAAAUAACAGGGAUGUAAGUAAGAUUAAUUGUUUUAAAGGAAUGUCAUUUGAGCAAGCUGUCCAUGUACCCAUAAUGCCAAAAUUAUUGAUGAACUGUUAUUUCUAUGUUUGGUAAUUUAUUUUAUUUUCACAGUAUCAUGCGGCCAGCUGAUUAGACAAGCAAUAGCUCAAGAAACAAAAUCUGGUUUGGCUGCCAAGCCUUAUGUUGAAAAGCAGAUUCAGUGUAAGAAUUUGUUUGGAGAGAAAGUGAAUAAAUAGAAAGUAAUAUGAUUCUACUUGUAUGUGUUGAUUAUGUCUAAACUCUAGCACCAGAAUGAUUGAAAUCAAAAUUAAAAGUAAUUCUAUUCUCUUGUAUUUAUUGAAUCUGUCUAAAUUCUUGUGACAGAUGGAUUUGAAUAAAUAUUUCAUAUACAUUUUUUUUCCCCUUACAGUGCCUGACAGCAUUGUUCUUGACAUCUUGAAAGACAGAUUGUGUCGACUCGAUUGUGUCACAAGGGGAUGGGUCUUAUAUGGAUAUCCCCAUACUCGAGAACAGGCUGAACAGCUUGAUAAAGCUGGCUUUAGGCCAAACAGGUAACUAAUCACUACUGGCUUUAGGCAUUAAUAAGAUAAUAGUCACAACUAAAUUUAUUUCAAUACGUUUUCAUUGAACACAGUUGUAUUUUAUUGUUUAUUUUAUCACUUAUUUCAAAUUUCAGUACUUUUAGCUGUUGUUUCUUCUAAGGAUAAUCACCAAAUACCUUAAUAUAUUUCAUCUACAUUCAAAAGGGUAAUAUUUGUUUGUCUGGUGGUCUUACUAUAGCUUUCAUUUUAGGUUUGGUUGCUCUCGAGCUGAAGGUAGAUGAUGUGGGUUGUACUUUUGUCGGAUCAAACCAUGUCUUGAUAGUUGUUUUAACGAUUGAUUUAUUAACAUAUUUUGUCCUCUGUUCCUCAGGGUAUUUAUCUUAGAUGUCCCUAGUGAUUCUGUUAUUGAGCGGCUGACCUUGAGAGCUAUUGAUCCAAUCACAGGAGAGAAAUAUCAUUUGCUGUACAACCCACCAAUCAGUCAGGAAGUAAGUUCAUUGUAACAUACAAAAUGUGCAAAAGAAAUCUAAUAAGCUCACAAGCUGGAGCUUAGUUGAAAUGCUAAAGAUAAAAUUUCAACUAAAGAAAUUCUCUAGAAUGACAAUAAUUUAUUUGCCACCCAGAGCAUUCUCUAUCUCUGGCUUCCCCAUAAAUAAUUUUAAAAUAAAUUAUUCAACUAGCAUUGAUUUCAGUUCUCUUUAUGGUGUCUAAAUUCUAUGCAGGAUUAUAUCAACCAUGAAUGCCAUUGAGCAGAUUUACUAUUCAUUUUUGUAUUUUAAUUUUUUUAAUAUUUAAAUUUGUGGAAAGAAACACAUGUUGUACAUGCAUCCUUCAUAUUAAUUAUACUUCAAAUAGAAAUGCUAAAAAUAAAAUGAUACAUUUUAAAAAUUAUGCAGCAUAAAAAUAUGAUACAAUGUCAAGAUUUGCCUCACAUGUCUUAUUGUUUAGCCUAUCAUAAAAAAAAUUGCGUAUGCCUUCCUCAAGAGGAUUUGAACACAUAAACUUAAAGGAAUACCUUAACAAUUGAAAAAAAAAAGCAUUUUAUUUCACAAAUAUUGAUUAUGAUUUUGACAAAUAUAUUGUAUAAAUUUUUUAAAGGUUAAAGACAGAUUGUGGAAAAAUGAGAAAGACAGUGAAGAGAAUGUCUCCAAACAAUUGUCAAGAUUUUAUUCUUACACUGAAGAGUUGCUGGAUUAUUACACAGACUGCCAACAUGUCAAUGCUGACCAGGAUCCUCACACUGUGUUUGAGUGCCUAGAGAGCAUGAUUUGUAAGCCUCUGCCUAAAAAUUUCAACUAAACCAAUUAAAACAAGCCACUUCCUAUUAGAGACAACUUGAAGUUAAAAUCAUAUCGAGGACACCAGGAGUUACAAAUAAAAGUAGAUUUACCAUUGCUUGAGAUUGUUUUAAUUUUGAAGAUGACCUAAAAAUUUUAAAGAUAACAUAAUUUUUAAACACAUUUUUAAAAUUAUUAUUAAGCUGUCUUUAAAUAUUCAUAUUCUCAAAUAGAUGGAUAAGUAAAAAUGCCAAAGACAAAAUGGUGUGCAUUUAUCUUUAAAAAAACAUGCAAAAAAGAGACAGUUGAAUUAAUAAUAAUGUUAGUAAAAUGAAACUUUAUAUAAUAAAAUCAAAUGCUUAUCAAAAUUGUAACUAAAUAAUGCAUCAUGGGAUAUUUUCCUUUUGUAUGAUGGAAAUUUUAGGCCAAUGGUUAGCAAAAUGCUCAAUAUUCAGAUGUGAUGCUUUAUUUUAAAUAUAUGUAUUUUUGAUAUUCAAAUUGCUUCAAUUUAGAUAUGUUCAAUAAUUAUGGACCUAUAUAAUCUUAUAGUUUUAAAUUAUUUUCAUUUGGUUAUCAAAAUUUGAAAUGUUUUGCAAAAUUUUAAAUAAAAUUGAUAUUCAUUACAAACUCAGUAGAAGUUUUAACUUUUAAAGAUUAUUCUUGUUUUGUAUUGUAUUAUUUUUAAUAUUGUGUAAUUCUUGUUGUAACUAGGCUAUUUAUAAUCUACAAAACAAUUUUUUCAAAACUUUAGCUUUACUUGUAUGAUUUAACCUUCCGAAAGCAUAUGAAUAAUUAAGAAAUACAAUUUUUGUUUUGUUGAUCCUUAAUAAAAAUCCAUUAUUUUGAGGUAUCUUAACUGUAAAUAAUUUACAAUGCAAACGUUUGAAAAAUGAACUACAGAAUAAUCAUUUUUAUGUUUUAAAAAAAAAUUCAUCAACUUAUACAUUAAUUGAUAAAUAAACAUUCAUGGAAAAAU